AUGGCAAAGGUUACCCGGGUGACCAACAGUCGUAUCAACAUCGAAUACAAUGAGCGGCAUCGGGCUGCACCAACGGCGGACCAGCAUAGCUCAUUGGCCCACGACAUUGGUCACGUUGUUCGGACCCAUUGCCCGAUGAAAUGGAAGUCUUGGAAGGCCAUGCCUGACGAGAUGUGGAUAGCAGUGCGCUCCCAAUUGUCGAAGAACUACAAUUUGGAGGACCUUGACGACAAGAUGUUGGCGUACAUCAACAGACUCUUUGCUGAGAGGCAUAAGCAAUGGAAGAGCGACCUGCACCACUAUUUUCAGACAUAUGAUGAUCCGCAAGUUGCUCUUCAGGAGGGUUGCCCGAAGGAGCUUGAGGGGCGGGAAGAUAGUUGGGAGAGGCUUUGCAGUCAUUUUCAGGAGUCCAAUUUUGUGAAGCAGGCCAAAGCAAAUAAGGGCAAUAGGGCAAAGAAGACUCUUCUCCACAAUUCAGGUUCCAGGCCCUUUUCCUAUAGGAUCGAGGAGCGGCAACGGGGGGGGUCCAAAUUCCCCAAGAUUGACGUCUUUAGCGACGUUUACGUUCGCCCUGAGAAUGAGUUGGCUGAGUCCCUUCAUACGACGAUGAUGGAGAAGAGCCAGUUGGUUCUUCAGGAGUCCGCCUCCCAGCUUCCUCCUGAUAUGCCGCUCGAGUCUGUGGAUCCUCCACAUGAUGCAGGGUUUCAGAUACUGACGAAAACCUUGGAUCAGACUCUUGGGAGGCGCCCAGGGACAUAUUGUCGAGGGAUGGGGAAUGCUCGUCGGCAGGAACCUAGACCCCGGUCAUCGUCGCAGGCAACCAGUCAGGCGACUGCUGCUUUGACGGCAAAGGUGACUAUGCUUGAAACCUAG